AAGUAGGCCGGCGUGCGCCCCUCCUCCCACCAGCACCCCGAUUCCGCCGGCGGUCGCGCUUUCAUCACCACCCAAUUCCUCGCCACCAUUUCCACUUGGGCCUCUCUCUCUCUCCGCCGCCGUGAACCUCUCCGGCCGGUCGUGGGGACCAGGCAAUGCAGGCGCAGACGCAAACAACGCAACACCAGCCUUCUCCACCGGCCAUGAUGUCCACAAGGCGGCGGGAUCACAAGGAGGAGGCGGCGGCCAAGGCCGCGGAGGACAGCCACUUGUUCGACGCCGGCAAGCCGCCGCCUUUCCGCAUCGGCGACGUCCGCGCCGCCGUGCCGGCGCACUGCUGGCGGAAGAGCCCCUGGCGGUCGCUGUCGUACGUGGCGCGCGACGUGGCGGCGGUGGCGGCGCUGGCGCUCGCGGCGGUAGCGCUGGACAGCUGGGCGGUGUGGCCGCUCUACUGGGCGGCGCAGGGGACCAUGUUCUGGGCGCUCUUCGUCCUCGGCCACGACUGCGGCCACGGGAGCUUCUCGGACAGCGGUUUGCUCAACAGCGUGGUGGGGCACCUGCUGCACUCCUUCAUCCUCGUCCCCUACCAUGGAUGGAGGAUCAGCCACAGAACGCACCAUCAGAACCACGGCCACAUCGAGAGGGACGAAUCAUGGCACCCGAUCACGGAGAAGCUAUACCGGAAGCUGGAAACACGCACCAAGAAGCUACGCUUCACGCCGCCGUUCCCACUGCUUGCUUUCCCCCUCUACCUCUGGUACAGGACCCCCGGCAAGAACGGCUCGCACUUUCUGCCGAGCAGCGAUCUGUUCAGCCCCAAGGAGAGGAGUGAUGUUGUGGUGUCAACCACCUGCUGGUGCAUUAUGCUCGCGUCGCUCCUCGCCAUGGCGUGCGCCUUGGGACCCCUGCAGGUGGUCAAGGUGUACGGAGUCCCAUACCUUGUGUUUGUGAUGUGGCUUGACUUGGUGACGUACCUGCACCACCAUGGUCAGCAUGACCUCCCCUGGUACCGCGGCGAGGAAUGGAGCUACCUGCGCGGGGGCCUGACGACGGUGGACCGGGACUACGGCUGGAUCAACAACAUCCACCACGACAUUGGCACCCAUGUCAUCCACCACCUCUUCCCCCAGAUCCCACACUACCACCUCGUCGAGGCUGUGAGUUUAUUAUAUUCAUUCUACCGCUGUUCACUGCUUCUGAGUACUGAAUUGACCUGCUUAUCUCGCUUGUCCUGUGAAAUGAAAACGAAAAACAGACCAAGGCAGCGAGGCCAGUGCUGGGCAGGUACUACCGGGAGCCAGAGAAGUCAGGGCCGCUGCCACUUCACCUCUUUGGCGUGCUCCUCAGGAGCCUCAGAGUGGAUCACUUCGUCAGCGACCAUGGGGAUGUCGUCUACUACCAAACUGACCACACCUUGAGUUGUGGCGAUAGCUGGGCUGAAACCGAGAAGCUCAAGUAAUGUGGAAGCCUGCCCUCAACUACAAAUUGAAAUUCAAGUUGCAACCAGUCACACAAGAACAAAUGAAUGCCUGGUUGAUAGCAUAUAGGAAUGCUGAAAAUCGAAUAAGCAGCAGUAAGGGCUGCUCAAAAGCAUUAUAUUGAUGCAGCUCUGCAACAUACACAAUGUAUCGAUUCUUUUGAUUCGGAUCAUCAGAUUCAGCUCAUCAGAAUAGUUAUCCAUCCUUACACAAUUGUGUUUUGUAAUAGCUGUUGUUGUUUCAACUUUGGAUUUGGGGGCUCUGGAUGUGGAAAUUUGAUAUCUUUAUGUGCCAGCCCCUGAAAGUUAAAACAUUAAUUAUUGAGCCAAACUGAUUAAGCUCGCCCUGUACCGUUGUUCUGAACUGGAUUAUUACUAUUGAUUGAUGGAGUUA